GGCGCAAGCUCUACUUGCCUGACGUCAAAUUUGGAGGUUAAAUUGGUCAAAUAAACAUUUGAUAUUCGCGAAGAGUGAUAGCGCAAGAAUUGAGGCAUGGCGUUGAGCUCCUCCUCAAAAUUGUUGCGUGCCGUGGAGCCGCUGAGAGUCCUAGCAGCUGCCUACCACCCUAAAGUGAUCGAUCACUACGAAAAUCCGCGCAAUGUCGGCUCCCUUGACAAGAACGACGAGUCCGUGGGCACAGGCCUCGUGGGGGCCCCGGCCUGCGGCGACGUCAUGAAGUUGCAAAUCAAGGUGGACGAAAAUGGGAAAAUCAUCGAUGCUAAGUUCAAAACAUUUGGUUGUGGGUCAGCCAUUGCAAGCAGUUCUCUUGCUACAGAAUGGGUAAAGGGUAAGACAGUUGAUCAAGCCCUUGAACUGAAGAACACAGAUAUCGCAAAAGAGUUGUCGUUGCCUCCCGUCAAGUUGCAUUGCUCUAUGCUGGCGGAAGACGCGAUAAAAGCGGCAUUGUCUGAUUACAGAAUUAAGCAGAAGAAGAAGGAAGAGAAGUAAAUGGUCAACGGAUUUAAGGGUUGUGAUAUUUAAAUUGUAGUCGGAUUAAAAUUAAAAGCUUUAAUGUGUAAAUUUGCUAAAUUUAAUUAAAGUUAUAAAUAAGU